GAUCUCAGUAAUGCUUUUGCGUGGUCUGGUAUGACUUGUGAUCCAAACCCUGUAUUCAUUCCUCAAAAAUAUACACUUAGUCCUUGGUUAUCUGGCCUGCUCAGAAGAUUUAUUUUCACCGACAUCCGUUGGGUUUGGAUCGCCCCAUUUCAAUGGCACGUUCUUUUUAUGGCUUGUUUUGCUUCUUUGAUUGCCCCUUUUGGUGGUUUUUUUGCUAGUGGUGUAAAAAGAGCAUUUAAUCUAAAGGAUUUUGGUCAUUCAAUUCCCGGACAUGGUGGUAUCACUGAUCGUAUGGAUUGCCAGUUUCUUAUGGGCUUAUUCUCUUAUAUGUAUUACCAGAGUUUCAUCAAGUCUACGUCACUAUCGGUCGGUUCCGUCCUUCAUAUCAUCGUAAAUUCAUUAAAACCAUCUGAUCAGCUCGAAUUAUUAGAUAGUCUACAACAGUAUCUAAUCGGACAAGGAUUAGUUGAAGAAGGAAAA